AUGUACCCCGUAAUCAGAACAGUUCUCCGUGAAGUCAACAAGCAGUACACAUCACGAAACAACAACCCCAUAUGGAAGAACGAGCUCCUAUCUCAGAUCCGAGCAAGCUCUAAACUUGAAUCGGCAGAACUGAAGCUUGCGCAACAAAAGCUGCAUGAUUUGGCUGCGUUUUUAAAGGCAUCACGAACGCACAAGGAGCUGCUUCUAAUGUAUUUCCCAGAGUCGCAGAUGUCUUCUGAAGAACACGUUCGGAAAACAGCAAACAGAGUUGGAUUAAGCACAGAUUUCAAAGAUCUGUGA